AGUGUUGACCCCCCUCCCUUCCCCGCCCCCGGCCUGGAGCAGAUCAUGCCGCCGGUGGCGGCCCUGACUGCCGAGGAAACGGUCGCCUAGGACAGUUGGCUGUUCGGUGACACUGCUUCUCCCCGCCCCGCCAGGCGUUUGAGAGGCACGUCCCCCGCCGCGUGACGGGGUGGGGAAGUAGGUAGUAAACUCGGAGCCACCUGGGAGGGGGGAGUGGAAGUUCCCGCCCCGGAGAGCGGCGAGGCGACAGCCACAGUUGAUUAUGGAAGAUUCCCACAAGAGUAACACUUCAGAGACAGCAUCUCAGCCUGGUUCAACAGUUCAAGGAGCUCAUAUUUCUCAUAUUGCUCAACAGAUGUCACUAAGAGGAUCUGCGCCAGUGACAAUUGUACCUCUUCCGGGAGAGCAAGUACAGGUUCAGGGGGUCAUCCAGACAGCUCAGUCUUCUGUAAUUCACCCACCACACGUGCAAACGGUAUCAUCUUUAUCAGAAAGUGAAGAAUCUCAGGACUCAUCUGAUAGCAUAGGCUCCUCACAGAAAGCCCACGGGAUCCUAGCAAGACGCCCAUCUUAUAGAAAAAUUUUGAAAGAUCUAUCUUCUGAAGAUACACGGGGCAGAAAAGGAGACGGAGAAAAUCCUGGAGUUUCUGCUGUCACUCCUAUGUCUGUUCCAACUUCCAUCUAUCAGACUAGCACCGGACAGUACAUUGCUAUUGCCCCUAAUGGAGCCUUACAGCUGGCCAGUCCAGGCACAGAUGGAGUACAGGGACUUCAGACACUAACCAUGACAAAUUCAGGCAGUACUCAACAAGGUACAACAAUUCUCCAGUAUGCACAGACCUCUGAUGGACAGCAAAUACUUGUGCCCAGCAACCAGGUGGUUGUACAAACUGCGUCAGGAGAUAUGCAGACAUAUCAGAUUCGUACCACACCUUCAGCAACUUCGCUGCCACAGACUGUGGUGAUGACAUCUCCCGUGAGUCUUACAUCUCCGACAACUAAGACAGAUGACCCCCAGUUGAAAAGAGAAAUAAGGUUGAUGAAAAACAGAGAAGCUGCUCGCGAAUGUCGCAGGAAGAAGAAAGAAUACGUGAAAUGCCUGGAAAACCGAGUUGCAGUCCUGGAAAAUCAAAAUAAAACUCUAAUAGAGGAGUUAAAGACUUUGAAGGAUCUUUAUUCCCAUAAAAGUGUUUGAUAUUUAAGAAAAUAUUUUGUGGACUUGCCUAAAAAUUAAAUGGAUUUUUUUCUUUUUAGUGGAGUUUUAUAAAUUAAAAGGUCAAAAAUGAAGCUUUUAUUUAGGCUUUUGCAACUCAAAGAUAAAUGUCGUAUGCAAGUUAUGCAAGAGAACUGGUGACAGAGGAUAAAGUGGCAAAUGACCUCAAGGAAGAUACUGGCACAACUGGAAACUGGAAAAAGCAUACUAAAGAAGCAGGAAGCGAACAUUCACCAAUCUGAAUUUUCUAAAUAACAGUAGUUGUCAAUAAUCCAAAAAUGGCAGAUAAGAUGAAAUUUGGUAAAUUUUCAAAAUUAAAUCUAUUUACCCUAUAGGUCUGCAUUUCAUAUACUGUUUCCUAAAAUUUACUUUUUUCAAUUGUGUGUGUGUGUGUGUGUGUGUGUAUUUUAUUUCUGCCAAUAAAUUCUAAAUUACCAAAAGAAAAACUAAUACAUAACCAGAUAUAAAUAAUUAUGUGUUCUGAUUACAUACACUUGUUCUAUUGUCAAGUCUUUUAAAUGGGUUUUAAGUUUGUUUAUUGGACUUGACAGCAUCUUGAAGAGUGAAUUAAAAUAUUUUUGAGGCCUUGUCCUAACAGGCAUCUAAGGUACAUGAAUGGGGUGUAGUGUUUUUGUACAUUUAUUAUCAGAAUGGAAAGAAAACUGUUUAAAAGUUUCACACUCUUAAAUAGUUGGUUUUUGGGGGUAAUUCUGGGAAUGGUGAUUUUCUACAAAUAUAUAGCAGAUUGUUUUUUUGAUUCUAUAUUCUGUAAGCAGUUGAAUAUACAUCACUUAUUCUGUUGUGCUUUAAUAGAAUGGAAUGUUUACAGGCCCUUGAGGUGAUAUUAGAGUAUUUUUUAAGAAAAACUUCUGAAGAUGCAUACCAAAGUUUUCCAAGAGGAUUUUAUAAUUGAUUUAAUGCAAGGUUUAUCAGAUUCUAAAAUAGUACAGUUAUUAAAGCAAUUUUAUGCUAGAGACUAUUUUGUAAUGUAGUGAAUGGUACAUUUAUAAAAGUGACUGUCAAUAUAUUUUUAUAGCUAAUCUUUAUAAAUUCUAAAGUUGAGUUUUUAAUGAUUAUUUUAAAUGUUUAUAUAGUUUGUUUAGUAAAAAAAAUAUUUUGCCUCUCAAAGUAUCAUUUUUAUAUUAUGGGGAGUUUCAGAUUGGCUAAUCUCUGGAUUCUAAGUUUUAUAUACAGUUUUUCCAGAGUUCACAAAUGCUGUCAGUGUUUAACUUCUGUAUUCCAAUUUCUAUACACUUUGAAAUUGUACUGCAAAACUAUUGUGUGCUUCUUAUACAAUAUGUAUCAUAUUGUUGUCUAUGAAAUUAAAGGACAUUUGAUAAAAUUAA